AUAGUUUGUGCAUUUGAAAUCUCCACCCAGCCUCUGAACGCACCCUCCUCAAUGAAACUGUGCUUGAGGGGGAUGGGGUGAAGGAGUGAAGUUGAUUGGAGGAGGUUCGAAACGGUUUGUGUUUUGUCAGAUCAGAAGGAAUUCGGUUGAAGGAUAGGCAGGAACCCUGGUACUGAAAGAAAGAGAAAAGCUGUCUUGAGGAGGAAGAGGAAGAAAACGAGAGAGCAGCUUGUUAGACACAUGCCUAACUUGUGUACACGAAGCUGGUUACGUAUACAGAAAACAGAACAGAGAUACUGGCAACGUUCAAAGUCUCGAUUAUUUCAUCUUACUCAAUCCCCAGGAUAACAGUAUAAUUGUUCAACUCCAUACAACUCAGAGUUCCAUUCGUCAUGGCUUCGCUUGAUUGGCUGAUUGUCGCGGUAGCUAGUUUCACAAUAUUUCAAAUUAUGUUCCAUUAUUUAAGUGCAAGGAUAUCUAUAUGUUUCUGCAAGAGUUAUCAGACAUUGACUGACAUUCAGAAGACUGAAUGGAACUCCAGGGUGGUGUCAACAUUUCAUGCACUGGUGGUUGGGCUGUUGAGUCUGUAUUUGCUGUGGUUUGAUGAUGCAGUUAAUGCCAAUCCUAUCUGGGGUGACCCUACACUGGUUAAAUUAAAUGUUGGUCUAACUACAGGCUACCUCAUUUCAGAUUUCCUACUUAUUUUAUGGUAUUGGGAAGCAAUCGGAGACAUAUAUUUUAUUAUCCACCAUUCAACAGCGCUAUAUGCUUACUACUAUGUACUGGGCCAAGGAUUGCUGCCUUAUUUUGCUAACUUCCGUCUGAUUGCAGAAUUUUCAACACCUUUUGUUAACCAGCGGUGGUUUUUUGAAGCAUUAGGUUAUCCAAAAACUUCCUUGCCAAACAUUAUUAAUGGGUUUCUGAUGACGGUGGUAUUCUUUCUGGUGAGAGUUGCUGUAAUGCCUCCAUACUAUAGCAAAAUGAUUUACACGUUUGGAACAGAGGCCUUUUACAAGCUUGGACUGCGAGCACAAUUUGCUUGGAUUGCGGCCAGCCUUUGCCUAGAUGUUAUGAAUAUAAUGUGGAUGUACAAGAUCGGAAGGGGAUGCUACAAAGUCUUGCUUGCCUGCAAGAAGCAGCAAGCAGACAUUCAGAAAAAUGGAAAACAACACUAGAGAUUUGCUUUGCUUGUUCUCAUUUUAUUUUAAAACUCAGCAUUCAUAAUGGUGUUUCAUACACAACAGUGGAACCUGAGCCACAAACUAACGAUAUACUGUAUUGCACUAAAGAUCUGAUUCAUUAUGCAAAUGAAGAUGACCAUUGAAUUUUGGAACGUAUAAAUGUACAAUAUUUACCAUGUUGCAACAGUGUCAUAUGUAAAUGAUACGUACACUGAACAGCAAUCCCCUUGCUUAUUUAUACUCAUACAAGUAGAAGCUCUCAAACUGCAUGAAGGUAAAAUCCAACUUUGAGGAAUUUAUAUUUUAGGUUUUGCAUUUUGGAAUACAAUGCUUUGAAUGCCAUAAGCAAUUGUAGACCUGCAUCAAGAGCUUUCGUUGCCAUGAAGGAAGUUGUUUUUGCUCAUCUGAACUGCAAAUAACAAAUUUCUCUUCACUGAAAACUAACAAGAAUAAUUCACAUUUAUAGAGUGCCUUUGACAUAGGAAGAAAUCCCAAGGAAGAGAGACAUAUUGAAAACAGUUGCUCCUAUAGGAUUGGAAGAUCACUUUAUUUGCAUGCAUAAGUAGUUCCAAAACAUAACUUAUUUGGUUUUAAUAUUUAAAUUAUCAUUUUUUUAUAAAUAGAAAAAAAAUGAUUUUUGAUUAAGAAGUCAUCACGUGAUGUGUUGUCUGGUUGAACUUAUGAUACAAAAGAGGUUGCCUAAUCUUCGCUGUCUUAGGAAUUCUUAACUGUAACCAACUAGGCACGUAGUUGAAAUUUGUUUCUGUUGAAUCUAAAAAUAUAUUUAUGCAGAUUAUAUUCAGAAUACUUUCAGCAAGUAAUCAGUGCUGUGUGAUUUUAUAAUUUAAUCUUGUACAAUCAUUAGUGAAGUGAUUGCAAAUUGUCAUAGCUUUGGGUUUUGAUUGAGUAAUUUUAAUUUGUAAAUCUACUUAUGUAGAAUUGUAUAUAUGAGUUUAAUUGAUUUUUCAAUUCUGUACUGUGUAGGAGAAUGUAACAGCCAUUAAGAUCUUAAUUUCACAUGAGGUGGAUGGAACUAUAUGGUUUGUUUUUUUUAAGAAAAAUCUAGCAAUAAUGUCCGGUGUAUGGUUUUUAUCACGUUCUUUAAUGAUUUCAUUUGGGUUGACCAACACACCUUAAUUUAAUCAUUAUCUUAAAGUCCUCAAACAUAGCAUUAUUUCUAUGUUCGCAAUGUAGAAUUAAUAUUGAAGUGUUCUUUGUGAUGCUGCUUUAUUCUGUAAGCUAAUUCUAGCUUUAUAGGCUUUUUGUUGAAUGAUGAUUGCUUCAUUAGCUCACCAGGACUUGGAAAAUUGACUAAUUGAACCGUCUCCACAAUACUAGGUCUCUUGAUGUCAAAAUACAUCUGAGAGCAGUUGUGUUAACUGAAUGCUUUAGAUGGAACCCAAUGGUAUGACUUAUUCAAGUUUAAUUGUUUGAGAAGUUCAAUGGAGAAAGUUGGAUAAAAUUGAUAUAUUACUGUAUUAAGUGCGUAUCUGAAUUGAAUAUGUCUUUAAUAUUAUGCUUGAUUCAGAUGUCAGGUUGAAAAAUUUUAACAGCGUCAAGUGAACAGGUCAACAACUUGCCAGUCUUGGUCUGCUUCUUUAAUGCCCCUGAACUGAACCACCAAUUAGUUACAUGGGUGAAUAAUGUUGAUUGAAUUGUGUAUUUGUAUUUUGUGAUCUUGCAUGCAUCUCAAUUGCUACAUUAGACUUUGAUUGCACAUGGAGUACUUAAGUACUAAAGCUAAAAAUAUUGUAGUUUUCUCUGAAUGUUCAACUUUGACCUAGAACAAGUUUUUGAUGAAUUGAUCUCACCUGCUGUUCAAGCCUACUCAUUUUGUUUCAGCAUCUGCACAGUAAUUCCAAUUUAACUUGUAUGACCUGGAUCUUUAAAGUGUUAGUUGUGGUUUCUUAAAAACAAUCUUUUUUUUUCCCUCGCACAUCCAGUUAUUUAGUUUGCUUGCACAUCUGGUUAGUGCUGCUUUCACCAUUUAACUCUUAAAAGUCGGUUGGAGGGAAAAAUUGCCUUAACAUUUACUAUUAUUAAAGCAUUGCAGUGCUAUUUAUUUAAACCAAUUCACUCCUUCAAGUGUUAAGAUGAAAAGGUCAUUUUUAAAAAAAAAAUCUUAAUUUAUCAGAAUAUUAGUGUGGAAUUCAGAUAAAACUGAGAUUAGAUUCCCUACAGUGUGGAAACAAACCCUUUGGCCCAACAAAUCCACACCUACCCUCCAAAUAGUAACCCAGCCAGUCCUAUUUCCCUCUGACUAAUGCACCUAUCACGAUGGGUAAUUUAGCAUGGCUAAUUGACCUCACCUGCACAUCUUUGGAUUGUGGGUGGAAACUGGAGCAUCCAGAGCAAACCCACACAGGGAGAAUGUGUAAACUCCACACAGUCACCUGAGGCUGGAAUCAAACCUGGGACCCUCGUGCUGUGAGGCAGUAGUGCUAGCCACUGAGCUACCAUGCUGCCCCAGAAGUUUUGCAAAAUAUUCAUCCAUCGCUUCAUAGUUGAAAGCAUUAUUUUGUUUAGCCUAUUUUCUUUUUAAAUCAACCCAUUCAGUGAUAUGAUUACACAUCUCUGGAACAGGUGGAACAUGAACCCAGCCUCGCAGUCCAGGGGUAGGGACAUUACCUCUGCAUCACAAGAGCCCCUCGAUUGUUUCUGCCUAGUUCCAAACCAGGGCCUUUUGCAUGUAAAGCAAAUGUGACAACCACUACGUUAUAGGAAUGGUGUACCAUUGAAAGUGUUGAAGAUGUAUGAUGUCAUUUAAUGCAGCUGAGCAACAAUUAGAUUCCUUAAAUGCAUGUAGCUACCUUUGUCAUGUAGCUACCUUUGUAUUUUAAGAACACAUGUCCUCACCAUGGUGGUGUUUUCCAAAAAGUUAUAAACUUAAGUUAUUUCAAUUUUAAUAACAUGAGUAAAAUACUUGACCUUUAGGCCUUUUUAAAUUAUUGAUAUCAAACUAACAGUCUAUUUAUAUCAAAACUAAUACAUUUUAAUCAGUUAUAGAAGCAUAUGAGGUUUUCCUACAUUGCAUGUGUAUGUUAGCAUAAUCAUCUGUCAAAUAAAUCAGGGAUUUUUGCAUACCAAAUCAAUAUCCUAUUUUGCAGUUAAUUAUUUGAAAUAGGAGAAUUGGAAUGUGUGCGUGCACACACAAUUUUUAUGGCAAUUUUAAAAGUUAUAGAUAAAAAAAUGAGAAAAAAAAUGGAUAAAAUUGUUCAUCCGGUCAUGUUUUGAUUUUAUGCAACUUUGUCUCUGUGGUUUUAUGGUAGUUUUAGUUAUAGACAUUAAAGAGUUAAAUUAAUCUUCUGCAAUGGCCAGUUCACAAUCCAUUCAUUUUAGUACGCUACUGUUUUAAAUUUGUACUGAUACAAGAUGAUCCAGAGGCUUCCUGAAACUGUUGAUACCUACUGAAGUACAGUUAAAAACUGGUGUAGCAUUAAUCCAUUAGCCUAUAAAUAACUGACUUAAUUCCUAUUCAUUAAUCUCAGCCAGCAGCUGGGUUUUCAGAAUUCGAGUCAUGGAGAUAUUUAGAAUAGAAGCAGACCCUUCGGUCCAUCUAGUCCAUGCUGACUAGAUAUCCUAAACUAAUCUAGUCCCAUUUGUCAGCGCUUGGCCCAUAUCCCUCUAAAACUUUCCUACUCAUGUACCCAGAUGCCUUUUAAAUGUUGUAAAUGUACCAACAUCGUUUAGAACAUCUCCUCACUGAGGGAGGAGAAAACAUUUAAGAGUUCCAACCCCUAACUGCUGUCAGCUACAGACUUGUCUGUAUUUAGGGAAGCCAGUGUCAGAAUUGACUAAUGUCCUUUGUGGUCAAGUAGCUAGCCAAGAUUAGCUGCCUUAGGCUGGUGCAGCCAGCAGCAAUUAAGGGUUGGAACUCUUACACAUUUUUCCAUCCCUCUGAGGCGAGAUGCACUGUAAACAGUUGUAACAGUUCAGUUGCUGUGCAUGGCUGGGAUUAAUACAUUUACAGAAGACUGACUGAUGUUACACCAUGGUUUGUGAGGCAUUGGAAUGGGUGUGAAGUAGGUGCAUCUUUACUAUUUAUAAAUGUACCUUGGUAAGAAUCAUCUUCAUUAAACAAAAUUGUCUAUAAAUAAGUAGUGUGUUAGUUACAUUAAUGGCUUAAUAAAACAAUUAUAAUGUUUCAAGUAGAUUUUAUGAAUUUUUAAAAUAUCUAUCACUGUUUUCUAAUUAUGUACUGUAGUCAGCUUGUCUGCUGGAUGUUACAGAUAUUGUCAUUUGUUAUUUAAAAGUUUUUAUUUGGAGCAAUAUUUCAUUUCAUAUUAUUUGGCCUUAAUAAAAUUGAUUCAAUAAAAUUGAUUCAUUUUUAUUGGAAAAAUAUUUUAGGAGGACUGUUGUAACAUUUUUUUGGAUGUAGGUUUGCUCGCUGAGCUGGAAGGUUCAUUUUCCGACAUUUUGUCACCACACUAUGUAACGUCUUCAGUGAGUCUCUGGACAA